AUGGCUGUCACACAGCCCGAAAUCGACGACGACGAGGUUUUCCGGCCUACUAUGACCGAAUUCGACACGGUCGAGACAUGGGCGAAGAAAGAACUUGGCGUUGAAGAGAAUGAUGCACACUGGGAGGCGCAAAUGGCGAGGUUGCUAUACUACAUCGACAUGCCGAAAUAUGAGUGCGAGAAGAGAGCCCGGAGAGCAGUCGAACUUAAUCCUGAUGAUUGGUUCGCCGCUUAUAAUCUCACCCGCUCAUUCGACGAGGAUCGUGACGCCGAGGCGAUCUCGGUUCUCGAGGAAAUUGUUGAGAAACUGUCGAGUCAUCCUCCCAGCACAUUCAGUCAGCACGAUCGGGAGUCAUUUGCGGGUGUGCUGGAGACCUUGGGCGAUCGUUAUUGGAAUAUGCCCGACAAUUCCGGUACAAAUAAGGCAUUCCAUAGUUACCUCCAGGCCUUGGACCAGACUCAGGACCCCGCGGCCGGGAGCUACCGCCAAUUCAUUGCGAACAAGCUAGGACAACGCAGGGAAUGGAAACUCAUUAUCGAGUUCUGCGAGAAGCUCCAUUCAUUCACUUUUGGUGGUAUGAAUCUGGCCAGCAAAAUUCUCGGCGAUGGAACCGUCUACAAUACCCGGGAGUUCUGGUACGCGAUGUGGAACGCAUGCUACCGUACCGAUUGUUGGGAUUUGCUCGCGGAGAUGUGGAGAGGCACCAACAAAAAGUCCAGUGACCAGGAAAGAGACCCGUAUUGGAACUCCUAUACAAAUAUGUGGUAUGCCAUUGGUUUGUUUCGUCGACCUGGCCAUGAGGAUGAAGGUGUGAUGAUGCUGGAAGGUAUUUUCAAGGAGAACUGUCUUACCGAGCAAGUGCCAUUCAUGCAAUUUGACGUUGCUUCUACUCUCCUAGUCGCCUACAACAACAGAGCUUUCGCCGAAAAUACCUCGGCCGAUACGAGAAAGAUUUACGCCAACAAGACGGAGGGUUUGCUGAAAGGCCUUUAUGAAGGCAUUGCAACACCCGAUCUCUGCCUGUUCCAGCUAGCCCGAUUCUUCCACCUAAACGGAGAGCAAGAUCGCGCCAGAGACCGUGUUACCAUUUUCACAGCCCAGAGACUCGAGAUGCUAUCCGACGAAGAUGUCAGCAAUGAUUACGAUUCGUUCCGCGAUCUGGCUCUUUUGUUCAUCGCAUUUAUGGAUGAGGCUAACAUAGUCGCAUGCUGGGAGAUGAUGGCUGUAUCAAGAUUCGCUGAACAAAAAGAGUAUGAGCGUAAGAUGGAACAAUGGCGCAAGCAAGAGGAGCGACAGAUUCGUCUAGAAAAUGCUGCCGCUGCAAAGAGGAAUGCCGGCGAGAACAUAGAAGCGCCGACAAUAGAUCAGAUGAUCGAGGAUCUGAAGGUAGAGAGCCCAAGGGAGAGCACAGAAGAGACGGCUGUGGAAGGAGGAGAGAAAGAGACUGGAGAGGGAACAGCAAAGAAGUUGUCGGAGGAAACAGAAGAGGCCGGGAUUGAGCCCUGGAUCGAUAUGCCGGAGAUGCCCGAUAAUUCGAUCUUCAUCUGCUCCGAGCAAUGCGGAUUCAAGACUCAUAUUCCCAUUGGUAUCUGGCUCUGUACAACUUGCAUCGUUGGCCCUAGUCUCUGCAACACAUGCUACGCAGAUAUCGGGACCAAUGGAGUCAGGGACAUAACAUGCGGAAAGGACCACAAGUUUUUCCAACUGCCUCCGUGCAGUAGAGCCUCGAUCCAGGAGAUUCCCGUUGGUCACAUUAGGGUUGGCGGAGAGUUUGUUGCAUUGGAGGCAUGGAAGGCAACGGUGGAUGCCAAAUACGGGCCCUAUGUAGAAAAGAUAGCUGAGGCUGACGAGAAAAAUAAUUAG